AUGUCCGACGACGGCAGCGAGGUGGCGGUGGAGCUGCCGCAGAUGUGGCAGUAUAUCCACCCAACGCACAACAGCGCCGACAGCAGCGAGGACGAGAUGGAUGACGAGGAAAACGUAGAAGUGGUCGACAACGACGCAGCCCGCGGAGGGCGCCCUGCCGACUACGUAAAGCUGAAAAAGUCGGCCCCACGCCUUGGCCAGCUGAUCCGCUUCCUCAACGACAUGGAGGACGAGGAUGUGCAGGGGGUACUGCUGGAGAAUGAUCCGGUGACGCGGCAGACGCUGCUGCAGUGGGCGACGCUGAACAACCACUUCAUGCUCGUCGAGUACCUCGUGAAGCGUGUGAAGCGCGCCGCCUUCUCCUUCGAUGCCGAGUCGGUCGAGGUCGUGGUGUACGACCGGUGGGUGGAGAUGUCGCAGGAGCUACCCACGGCUGCCGAGGUGGCGGAGCGGCAGAAGCAGCGCGAGAACGAGAAGGCAAAGCGUCUGGCGGAGCGUGCGAUGGUCAACAGCGGUGACGAUGUCGUCGAGGACGAAGAGAGCGAGGAAGAGGAGGAGGUGGAGCCGAUGCCAGAGGAGCUCGUGUACGACACACUGGAGGACUACCACGGCGAGUUGGGGGAUGGCGGUGUCGGGGUGGUGAAGCGGAUUGGCGAGCUGGGCGUCUACGUGGGGCCGCGCCUGCCGGACGGCACGAAGCAGGGCCUCGGGCAGACACUCUUCCCCUCGGGCGACUGCUACGCGGGCGAGUACAAAGAGAAUCAGCGCGACGGCCGUGGGGUCUACUGGUGGUCCAAGGGCGGCGCACUUUACUGCGGCGAGUGGUUCCGAAACAUGCGCCACGGCUACGGCCGGAUGGUGUACCCAGACGGCUCCCGCUACCUCGGGCGGUGGGUGCACGGCAAGCGCAGUGGCAAGGGUCGCUACGUCUACGCCGACGGCAGCAGCUACGACGGGGCCUGGGUGAAGGACGAGAAGCACGGGAGCGGCACGUACCACCUGCUGGACGGCUCCUCCUUCAUUGGCACCUUCCACCACAACCGUUUCGUAUCAGGCGAAUGGCGCCUCGCGUCCGGGACGGUGCGCUACAUCGGCAACUUCGAAAAUGAUACGCCGGCCGGCGCCGGCGUCUACGUGCACCGCUGCGGCCUCAAGCCCGGCGCCUUCCAGCAGGAGGGCACCUACUCGGGGGAGGGCAAGUCUUGGGUGCCGAGCAUACUGAAAUGCACGUCUCGCAUGGUGCCACACAUGGAGCUCGUGGUACCGCCGCAGCUUAGCGGGUCGACGCGGGUGCCGAUGGAGUUUGGCGCCGAGUGCACCGGCCGCACCAUGGCGGACCUCAUCAAGAUCGCCAACUACCCCCCGCUGCUGCGGUGGGUGGCUUCCCUGGCCUCCGCGGCCAAGGACGUGGUAGCUGGCGAGGCGGAGUUGAAGGGGGUGGAGCUGAGGGGUGUGGAGGUGCAGUCGAUGCGCUACGACGCCGCCGACCCCGAUGCAAUCACGGAGGUGACCAUCCUCCCCAUCCUUGUUGACAGUGUCGGGAAGCGCGUGCGCCCGCCAUCGGAGUCGGUUACUCUGAAGCCGUCCGUCACGCGUCUGAUGAUCCUGCUGGAGGCUCCAGGCAUGGAGCCGGUAGUGCUCUUGGAGAGGUCCCUUCAAAGCACUAGCCCCGACGACCACCACCAGCAGAGCCGCCUUCCCGCAGUGCGCAUCAGCGAGGACUCGUCCGUGGGCGGCGACGUGGUGGACGCAGUCGGGCCCGCCCUCCGCCUGGAGCUCACCUCCACGAAUACCAUGGCUCUUUUGCUGCCUCCUAUGCGAUGCAACCCCAUGCAGGGCAACGCCGAGGAGUCGGUGUGGAUGUACGCCCAGGAGGUGCACCGCGAAACAGUGGCGCAGCUGGAGCACAAACUGCAGCUGCUCUCCGCCGAGUUGCCGGAGGCGUCGACGGUGUACGUGGCGGUGCUGCUGUCCGACGUGGCCGCCAUCUCUACCGACGCCAUGACGGCAAUGGCGGCCGCCAAUGCGCAGCAGCGCCGCGCCGCCCAUACACUGCCCAGAGCCACCGUUGCCCCGCAGCGCCCACCGACGCCGCCGCCUCCAACGUUGGAGCCGCGGCCGGAGCUCCAGCCCCUGUACGAUGCCAAGGCCCGCCGUGAUGAGGCAGAGUUGGAGGAGUAA